UUUCAGAAAAUGAUAAUCUUAACAUCUUACCAAAAAAAAAAAACAAAUAUUGACUUAUUUAUGUGAAUAUAUAUUUUAUUUUAAAUCAUUUUAGUGGACGAAGAAAACAUCAUAAUUUGUACAACAAAAUUUCUUAGAUUCACCUCAUCAUACUCACCAUUUUACCAUUUUAAUUAUAUAAUUUUAUAUGAGAUUUUUCAUCCUCCCUGGUUAUUUCUCUUUAUUUAUAACUACAAUAUAAAAUUAUAAACUAUAUAUAUAUUAUAAAUUAAUAUUUUAUUUACCUUUGAAAUCUAAUGAUUAAAAAUAGAACAUAAUUCAAUGUAGAUAUAUGAUUAUAUUAAUAAAUUAACAGUUACAAAUAUGAAAUUUCUAGAAAUAUUAAAAGUCAUAUGUUAGUUAAUUAUCUUCUAAAUGACAUAUAUUUCUAAUUCUUUAUUGAUGAGAAUAUUUUGGCUGAGGUGGAUAGUCCCAAAAGCCUUGAAUUUAGUCUCUUUUAUAUAGUAGGAUUUCCUUCUUCUUGUAUACGUUUCAGUUUGUGACUUUUCCUUUUUUCAGUCGUUACUUAAACUUAAUGCGUCCCACGUGUUGAAGUUUCAUUGGAUAAAUAUUUAUACGACGUGGAUACGGAAUCUUAUAAAACGAGAACUCGUAAGCCCCCACCAAAAGAGAAGAGUGAAACCCUAAUUAUCACGAGACAGAAGAACAGGGUUUGGGUUUUGUCUGCUUCCUAUAAAUCUCAAAACCGUUUAGGGGCUAUUGUCUCUCCAUCGAUCAUGGAUUAUUCGGAUGAUGAUGUCAUGCUCGAUAUUGAAUCAGGUGAAGAUCAUUUAUACAGUGACGACGUUGAUCCUGGAUUCGCCGAGGAAGACAAUGACAACGAUUCUGCAUCUCAGCUAAGUUACGUCAUACUCAAGGAAGAAGAUAUUCACGAGCAUCAAAGGACUGAUAUCGAACAAGUUUCUACGCUUCUCUCUAUAAGCCAAGCUGAAGCGAUCGUUCUGCUUCUUCACUAUCAGUGGAAUGCUAGUAAAGUGGAAGAUGAAUGGUUUACCGAUGAAGAGAGAGUUCGUAAAACCGUCGGUAUAGUGAAGGAGCCUGUCGUUGAUCUUAAUCAAAUGAAUAUUAUAUGUGGAAUUUGCUUUGAGUCCUAUUUUCAAAAAGACAUUGCAACAGUUUCUUGUGGUCAUCCUUAUUGCAUGACUUGUUGGAACGGUUACAUCACUGCAAAAAUCACCGGUGGUCCUGGCUGUUUGAUGGUUACAUGUCCUGAGCCUUCUUGUUCUGCUGUGGUCGGUCAAGAUAUGAUCGAUAAGCUCAUAUCUAAUGAAGAGUUUAAGGAGAAGUAUUAUAGAUACUUCUUUAGGUCUUAUGUUGAAUCCAGCGGGAAAAAGAUAAAGUGGUGUCCAUCACCAGGGUGCGAAUACGCGGUUGAUUUUGGAAAAGGAAGUGAAAACUAUGACGUUUCUUGUUUGUGUUCUAAUGACUUUUGUUGGAACUGUAGUGAAGAUGCUCACCGUCCUGUGGACUGCGAUACGGUGGCGAAGUGGAUAUUCAAGAACAAUGAUGAAUCCGAGAACACGACUUGGAUACUAGCCAAUACAAAGCUUUGUCCCAGAUGCAAGCGUCAUAUCGAGAAGAACCAGGGAUGCAACCAUAUGACAUGCUCAGCGCCUUGCCGUUUUCAGUUUUGUUGGAUCUGUCUUCGUGCAUAUCCAUGUCCUGAGGAUUGCAACAAGUUUAAGGGUGAUGAUGAGGCUGAAAACAAGAGAGAAAUGGCCAAAACUGCCUUGCAUAGAUACAUGCAUUAUUAUGAAAGAUGGGUAAGCAAUCAAUCGUCAAGGCUAACGGCUAAGAGAGACCUGGAGAAGUUGCAAUCGGUGCAACUUAAGCAGCUUAGUGACAAACACAGCACACCAGAAACUCAGCUUCAGUUCAUUGUAGAUGCAUGGCUUCAGAUCAUCGAGUGUAGGAGGGUCUUGAAAUGGACAUUUGCAUAUGGAUACUACCUUCCUCAACAUGAACAUGCCAAGAAACAAUUUUUCGAGUAUUUGCAAGCGGAGGCUCAAGUUGGUUUGGAGAGGCUUCAUGAUUGUGCAGAAGUGGAGUUUAAACAGUUUGUCAGCGAAACCGAAGAACCGUCUAAAGAUUUCAGUGAUUUCCGCAGGAAAUUGACUGGUCUAACUAUAGUAACCAAAACCUACUUCGAAAAUCUGGUGAAAGCUUUGGAGAAUGGUCUUGCUGAUGUAGAGAGCACAAUGAGAGCAAAAUAACAACAGACUCUAUGACUUCCACCACAAGAUAAAGUUUGUGAGCAUAUAAUUUUACUAUGUUUAUUUCUAUAUUCAAACUUUAAUAUUAAAAUAAAAAUGGAUCAAAUAUCAUAUGACACAUGUUGUAGUGUUUUGGCAUGUGUAUUCAUGAUUUCUUGAAUUAUUUUAUUUUCUUCUCUUUUAUCUUUUAUUUUAUUUUUAUAACCUUUUUAGGCUGAAAUAAUACUACGUGAGAAGUGAGAACCUUGCAUUUUUGUCCAUAGCUCUUUUUAAGCUGCUCCACAACUUUUGAAGUCCUUUGAAGUAAAUUACUAAUAAUAAGUUAAUAACACGAAAAAUCAUGCCCCACAAAAGACAAAGAAGAUGAAACAAUGAAACAUGGCGCCUGCCCACCAAUUUCCUUCCAUGUUUUUAUUAUGGGCUAGGGGUGGGCACUUUGGUUAUUUUUUCGGUUCGGUUCGGUUUAGUUAGUUCGUUUAUAGUAUUUUUCCAGCUGAAAUAAACCAUAUUUAUUUUAGUUUGGUUCGGUUCGAUUUAUGUUCGGUUCGGUUUAUAUUAGGUUCGGUUUGUUUUUUGGAUCAGUUUAAUUAGGUUUUUCUUAGUUUAAUUUUUUAAGAGAAAUUGUGUUUUAAAACGUAAAUUAUGUAAACAUAAACUAUGUGAAUUAAAUUCAAUAUAAAUCUGAUUUUUUUUUAAAGUCACGAAAAGUAUAUAAGAAUUAAAAUAAAUGAAAGUUAACUAAAAUAAAAAAAAAAACUAACAUCAUUAGUAAUGUCUCUUAUAAAAUUAUUAAAAAGUAUAUAAUGAAUCAUCUUCUAUGUGACGCUAUGGAAAAUAACUUUUGUUUUUAAUAAAAUUUGCUUUAGGUAUUAGAUUUAGAUUUAACAUCCACGUUUACAUAUACAAAAUACAAGCAUACAAACUUUUCUUUUUUUUUUACAUCAAAUAUUUUGAUAAAUACAUAUUAGGUUAGAAGAAUAUAUAUUAAUUAGUGAAAAAUGGAAAAUAUGUGGUAUAGUAUUAGAAUUUUAGUAUAUUGGUAUUACUAAUAUUUUUAAUUCAAAAUAAUUACGAAACACAUCGGUUUCUCGGUUCGGUUCGGUUUAAAUCGAACCAUUCGGGUUGGAGAAAUCUUCAACCAAAUGGUUUGAAAUAAACUUUGGUUCGGUUUCGGUUCGGUUGGUUCGGUUUGAUUCGGUUCGGUUCGAUUUUUUUGCCCACCCGUUAUGGGCAUCUCUAACAAUUCCCUUCAUUUUGAAAGGGAUCACUUUUAAAAUAAAAAGAUAAAGACGUGGUUUUUCAAUGAUGGCCUUCAAUUUUUUUCUGUUAAAAUUAUAUUUUACAGUUUAAUCCUCGAUUUUAUUAAUAAUUAAUUAUAAUCAUUAAACUUUAAUAAAUAAAUAGUAAGCACAUAUUAAUAUGGUAUUUACAUUACUAAUAAACAGAUUUAGUAGUAACACUGAAUUACUUCUAAUAAAAAAACAUAAAACUACAAAGCAUCCUAAAUACUCUGAAAUUUUUACAUUUUGAGCUUAUCAAACAUUGUAAAUAACAAGACAAAACUACAAAGAAUCCUAAAUACUAGUAUAGUAGGUUAAAAUUUACGUCUUGCGCGGGAUGAACAUUAUGUAUAAAAAUAAUAUUAACAUAUUAUUGUUUAUCUUUUGUUCAUUUACAUAUUAUAUAUAGAAUUUAAUUAGAGUCAACACAUAAACCAAAACAAUACUUCCUAUUUAUUUACAAUAAUGUUUUUGGUAAAUAAAUCAAAACAAUCAUUUAUUUAUUUUAUAUGGUAUAUAAUUAAAUUUCAAUGAUAUUAACAUCGAUAUAUAGCAUAUUUUAAUAUAAAUAUUUAUUAUUAAGAUUUUCUACUCAUAUGAUUUUAUUAAUAUUUUUAUAUUUGUUGUAACAAAAAAAUUAAAUCAUUAAUCUAAAAAUUUUCAGUGUGAGAUUUUUUCAAUGGAAAUAUCAAAAUUAAAAUAUUAAGGUCACAAUAAUUUUUCAGUGCAAAUUUCGAAACUAACACAUUUAUGUAUUUUAAUUUAAAUGCUAUUAAUUUAUAUUUAUAUAUUUUUAAUAUGAAUAUCUAUUAAUGGACACUUCAUAUUCAUAUGAUUUUAUGAUUAUUUAAAUCUUCUUUUAACAAAAAAGUUAAACCAUUGAUCAAAAAGUUUUUAAUGUGGGACUUUUAUCAUUUUUAGUAAUUUAUAGUCGUUUUAAAAAAUUAAAAAUAUAGCAUAUAAGAAAAAUCUAAAUUUUUUAUUAUAUGCUUAAUGUGAAUGUGUAAUUUAUUUCAAUAACAUAAAAUUAAACAGAAAAUAAAGAGGAUACAAAAAUUGUUAUAAAAUCUUUAUUUAUUCAUAAUCAUUAAUUGACAUAUAUAUGUUAAUCAUAUUAGGUAAUUUUGUAGCUUUUAUUUAAGGAAGAAAUGAAGAAUAUUGUUUUGUACACUACUAAUAAAUUUGAUUUUUUUAUUUUUUUUUUAUCAAUUUUAUUGUUAGUUUAAUAAAAAAAAAUAAUAUAUAUUUAAAUGUACCAAUUUAUUUUUCUAAAGAUUCUAAUUGGCUAUUAAAAUAUGUUGUAAUGUUUUUUUCAAUUAAUAUAUAAGAGAUAUAAUGAGAGUAGAAUUAGAACAUACAAAGAAUUCAAACCACUUCUUGUUUUUUUUUGGUAAAAAUGUUAAAUUUUUAUACCAUUUUCAGAUCUUUUGACAGACUUUACACAGACACUAGUAACAGAGCAAAGUAAUCUAAUCAACAUAGGCAAAGAGAAGAAGGAAAGCAACAUGAAGAGACCUUAGGAACAAUCACACAAUUUAAACUCAUAGAACUAAGAGGCAAAGCAGAGGCUAAAGCUUGACCAAAUGAGUGCAUUGCCAAAUGGAGAUGACAUCUUUGAUGAUAUAUGAGACCACGCUGCAGUAGAAAUUGGCUUGCCCGCUAACGCUGCUCCAAAUGAUUGAUACCAUCUCUGGACAGCUUUGCACUCCUCAAUCGACGAAAAUCAAUCCUUCAAACCACCACCGACAGUAGGAGACUGAUCUUCAAGAACUCCGACCACUACUCUUAACCAGAAAGCUCUAGCUGCGCCCACUGGGUAGUCCCACCAAGAUCUCUAACUGUUACUAUUAUUACGCAGUUCGACUUCAGAAAUAAUGCAAACCAUAGCAAAAACCGGGUGCAGUGAGAGCCACAUUCUGAUGUUGUUCUUCCAAUCCUACAAUUUAGACCAAGGAUAUGACCACCAUUGCGAACCAACUGACCCAACAAUGGUGCUGGGAUGACAUAUCUAAACAUGAGGCUCCCUCGACGAACCAUCCCUCCCAUGACCCACAGGAUAUCGGAAACGCCGCCUCACGCUAAACCCGAGAACCGAGCCUAGCUCCAAAAGCGACGCCAAAGUUACGCCAACGUGGGAGAGCCGGUGAGCAACUCCGACGUACUGGAGAGGAAGAAACCUCCACAAAUGAACAAACGAUGCAAUACGAACAUCAAAAGCGGCGAGGACCGAGAUGGAAAAGUCAGAGCAACCGCCGGAGGAGACCAAGGAACAGGUCAUAGACGGCCUGCCUCAACUCCGAGAACAGCAGCGAGCACACGAACAACACGGCAGUAGCAGCAGCGAACCACUUCUUGUUUUCGGCGUCUCUUGACAAAUAAAAAUGUUAGAAAAAAUGGGUGAAGCAAACGGCCACUUAAUGUUUUCCCAUAUCCAUUACAAGGACACAUUAAUCCAAUGAUGCAACUCUCCAAACGCUUAUCCAAAAAGGGACUCACCGUCUCACUCCUCAUUGCCUCCAACCCACCGUGAACCUUACACCUCCGAUGACUACUCCAUCACCGUCCACACCAUCCACGACGGUUCCUUUCAUACGAACACCCACUCACCAAGAUUAAAGAUCCUCUACGUUUCACCGUCUCUACCACUCGUAGCAUCACCGAUUUCAUGGGUACAAGUUCAUUUCUUUUAAUUUAGGCAAUGAUUGUUUUACUAGUUUUUAGAUUUUGGUUUCUGGUUUUUAGAUUUUGAUUUAUAGAUUUUGGUUUUUAGUUUUGAUUUUUGAUUUUGCAGUAGAUUUUGGUUUUUAGAAAAACAUGAUUGGAUGUUUUAGAAGUUGGUUUUACCUUUGGGUUUUCCUUUUAAAAUUAA